AUGAAGCACUCAAGUCCAUAUUUGACUGUUGUUGUAAUUGGUCUUUUAUUUGCAUUAGCAUAUUCUGCAUCUCAUACUCAUGAUCAUGAACAUUUCCUUCAGUGUCUUCAACUUCAGAACUCCACCUCAAUCUCUGAGGUUGUUUACACCCCUUCCAAUUCCUCUUACUCCUCUAUACUGCAGUUUUCCAUUCAAAACCGUAGAUUCUUAUCCAAAACAACUCCCAAACCCCUUGUCAUUGUGACUCCCCUCCAUGCUUCCCAUGUUCAAGCCACCAUAAUCUGUUCCCAACUCCAUGGCUUGCAGAUUCGAACUCGAAGCGGUGGCCAUGACCUUGAGGGACUCUCCUAUAUUUCACAAGUUCCAUUUGUUAUCAUUGAUUUCAUGAAGUACAGAAAUAUCCAAGUGGAUGUAGAAAAAAGAACUGCAUGGGUUCAAGCUGGGGCAACUAUAGGUGAACUUUACUAUAGCAUCAGCAAGAAAAGCAAAACUCUGGCUUUUCCAGCAGGUAUAUGCCCCUCUGUUGGAGUUGGAGGGCACUUCAGUGGUGGUGGCUAUGGAUACUUGAUGCGUAAAUAUGGCCUUGCUGCUGAUAAUAUAAUUGACGCUCACAUGGUUGAUGUGAAGGGUAGGUUUCUUGACAGAGAAGCAAUGGGUGAGGAUCUUUUCUGGGCCAUUAGAGGUGGUGGUGGAGCAAGCUUUGGAGUCAUCCUAGCAUGGAAGGUCAAACUAGUUCCAGUUCCACCAACUGUGACAGUUUUCAGAGUUGAAAGGACUUUGGAGCAAAAUGCAACUAUGCUCGUUAUGAAGUGGCAGAUUGUGGCAAUUAAACUUCAUAAGGACCUAACCAUCAGGCUCAUAUUAACGACAAAAGCCAAAUUCGAAGCCCUGUUUCUUGGUGGUAAGGAUAAACUCAUUCCAUUGAUGCAAGAACGCUUCCCAGAAUUGGGUUUGGUCAACGAAGAUUGUACUGAGAUGAGUUGGGUAGAGUCAACGGUUUACAUGGCUGGAUCAAGUAGUAAAUCCCUUCAAGUUUUGCUGCAAAGAACUCCAAGCCCGCCACAAAAUUACAAAGGGAAAUCUGACUUUCUGGAACACCCCAUUCCUGAACGUGGUUUAGAAGGAAUAUGGCAACUAUUUAAGGAGAACGGGGACAAAGAUGCAUUCAUGGAACUAGUUCCUUAUGGGGGAAUAAUGGAUGAGAUUCCUGAGUCCGAACUUCCAUAUCCACAUAGAUCCGGAAACUUGUGCCUUGUUGGUUACAUAGUUCCCUUGCACCAAGAAGACGGAGAUGAAGUAGCACAAAGGCACAUCGAUUGGACGAGGAAGCUUUAUAGUUAUAUGGAACGUUUUGUGUCAAAGUCUCCUAGAAAAGCAUAUAUCAACUAUAGAGACCUUGACAUUGGGGUGAAUAACAUUCAUGGCUACACAUCGUAUGAGCAAGCUAGCAUUUGGGGUCACAAGUAUUUCAACAGUAAUUUCAAAAGGUUGGCACUUGUCAAGACUAAGGUUGAUCCUCUUAACUUCUUUCGACUGCAGAGUAUCUGUGCAGAUUCCACCACCCCGGCCACUCCAAGAAGACGAUCCGACAACCGUUGCAAGUCCCUGAUCCUACAACCACUAACAACAAUGGUUCUCAAGAUCAGCAUUGAACCCAGCAUGAUCACCGAAGUCGAGACUUACGACCUUACUUCCCGCCAUUAUCCUUACACCGUUUAUGCCGACGACCAACGCAUCCUCUGCAUCAACACCACCUCUUCCCAAACGCUCUCCAAGUGGCUCACCAACCUCCUCAAGUCCACUCCCAAAAACACCCCGGUCAUCGUGGGCGUAACCGCCGAGCACCAAUUUACCAAGUACACCAAGCGCGGCGUCAAGGACCACGGCUACGACUUCAUCUCCCUCUGCGUUGGCUCUCACUGCCUCCUCUACCCUCUUCUCCAACAAGCCGACUCUUACAAAGCGAAGCAAAAUCCUAGGCCCCUCUACGACUUCUUCGCCAACCCUAGGGUUAUCGCGGUGGGAAUGAAGAUCGAAAAGGUGAAGGCAAAACUGGAGAAGCACCACGGGAUCGAGCUGAAGAAGGCGUUGGACCUUAGGGCGAUGGCGGUGGAAGGGAUGAAGGAGGUAGGGGAGAAGGUGGAUCUGUGGCAGUACAAUCUUGACAAGUUGGCGAAGACAGUGCUGGGGAAGCACUUUGACGUGGUGAGGCUGGAAGAGAAGCUGGACUGGUACGAUGAAGAAAGCUCGUGCUGUUAUUACAAUGUGUAUACGGAUGAGAAGACAAUGUUCAUCACCAUUGAUACUUAUCUUUGCUACCUCAUUGGUUUCGAGCUGCAUGGUAUGAUCCAUGGACAUGAAGCAGGUGAUAGUGUUGGUUUUGCCUGUAUUAUUAGAGAUUGUAAUGGGAAUUGGCAAAUGGAGUGUUUAGAAAUGAUUAAGAGUAAUAGUAUUCUUCAAAGAGAAUUGUUUGCUAUUUGGAGAGAAUAUUUCUUAACUUGGGAUGUGGGUCAACGAGAUGUUAUUUGUGAGACGGAUUGUGUGGAAGCAUUUAAUCUUGUUACUCAAGAUGGUUUUAGGUUUAUUGAUCCAUUGAUACUCAAAAUAAGAGAUAUCAUGUAUUGGAAUUGGCAUGUUGACUUUCAUUUGAUUAUUAGAGAUGCAAAUACGGUGGCAGAUACUAUGGCAAAGAUGGCGAUGAAGUUACAACUUUUUCAUGUAGAGCUUCCUUCACCUUGGGAGAAGUUUAAGAGUAAUCUUAAACGGGACUGUCUCUCUAUUUAA